ACGCCCACUACACCCACUACACCCACUACACCCACUACACAGCUCAGAUUCAGAACGAGGGGGUUUAGUUACCUAGUUUUGGAACUCGUAUCGCAUGUCUCGACAUAACGGAAACAUAUUUGUCCUAGUAGAAAGAAAAUCAUGUCAAAUCUACAAUCCACAAAGAGUAGUGGCAAAGACCACCCAGGAUUACGCCUCCCGACAAGCGGAAAGACCAUCUACCACCGACCGCUAAACCGCUCCAAGGCAUCAGAGCUCAGCGGCGCCAGUUUCGCCUACUUGUUUUCUGAGAUGGUGGGAUACGCAUCCAAAAAGAUUGAGAGCAUUCAGGAUUUGGAGAAGCGGCUCAAUGUACAGGGUCAUCCGAUCGGUCUGAAGCUCCUCGAUUUAUUACUGUACCGCGAAGCACCGCGCUCGCAAACGCGCUCCCUAAACAUCAUCACGCUCCUUCACUUCAUCAAGAUCAACGUCUGGCAGCACCUAUUUGCCCGGGUGGCGGACGGGCUAGAAAAAUCCUCGGACCCCAGCAAACCUGACGAGUAUAUGAUCAUCGACAACGAGCCCCUCGUCAACCGAUACAUCAGCGUGCCCCGAGACAUGAGCCAGCUAAAUUGCGCUGCCUACGUGGCCGGCAUCAUCGAGGGUGUCUGCGACGGCUCGGCCUUUCCAGCCAGAGUCACAGCGCAUAGCGUGGGGAAGCAAGAAGAGGGUGAGAUGUGGCCUGGUCGAACCGUCUUCUUGGUCAAGUUUGCGCCCGAGGUUAUGGAGCGAGAAAGUUACCUAGGGAAGGGAUGAAAACAUCAAUAUAUAUAUAUAUAUAUAUAUACCUACAUAUAUAU